AGCUUGGGAACGGUUGCUAGGGGUGGGUAAUGGGUGAAAAAGGGGGGUGCUGGGGAGAAGAUAAGGAGGGCUAAGGGAGGGGGCGAGGGUGGGGAGCAAUGCAAAAGGUAAGGCCAGGUUACCGCGGUUCGGCCCCGAGUGGGCUGCGGCCGGGGGAGGGGCGAGAGAUACAUAUGUAUUUCUGUCUCCCCAGCACACCCCCUUCCCUCUAAGCGAUGGCUGAGAGGCGGUGCAUGCAGAUGGGGAGUAAGUUUCCUGAAGGGGAGGGUGGAUGCACGCGCGCAGCCCGGCGCUGCAAAUUUCCACCGGGGAGGGAGAGUGGCUGGAUGCGGAGAGUUUGGAGUUGCUUGCGGCGGAGGGCAGGAAGGAGAGCAGGGCCGGGAAAGGGGGCUGGCGGGCGCUAUAUCUGGGAAUAAGUUUCCAGGAUCAGAAGAGCCUGCACGCUUGCUUGCUACUCUGCUAGCCCCCCAUCUCACCCCCCAAGCGGAGACUGGUCUUCCUGUCGGAUUGCCCAUGCACUUGUUGCAGAAACAGCCAAGGCCCUGGCUCUGGAGGAUGCUGAAGGAGGAAGACGCUGAAGCAGGACGGCCCUGAAGGAGUGACCCCCUUACUCCUCACACAGACCCAGGUCUCCUCUUCCCAGCCCAGCAGCAUGAAAGCAGCAUGACUGACCGGCCGCAGGAGAAGCCCCCAGAGCCAGGCCCCCAACUCAGCCCUCUGCUGCCAAAGUCAAGGUGUGAGCAGCGUCUCCUCACCACAGUGGUGUUUGGUCCAUACCUCAGCUCGGGUGAGGAUGUAAAACCCCGGGCUCUGCAGAUGAGUGGUACAGGCCAAGAGGAACCCCUGGCUCCAGCCUCCUUUACAGACAUGUCAGCCAUGGAGUAGUGUGGACGCUUUCUCUCAGCUUCUCAGGGUUUCCGUCUUUUUGGGUUUUCUUCAUUUACCUUUUUUUAUGGUUUUGUGGCUGGACAUUCAUAACCAAGGCAGACACCAUGGGAGAUCAGCAACUGUACAAGACCAACCACGUGGCCCAUGGUGGUGAGAACCUUUUCUACCAACAGCCACCCCUUGGUGUCCACAGUGGGCUGAACCACAACUAUGGGAAUACAGUCACAGGGGGUGGAAUGGAUGCCGCUCAGGCCUCGCCCAUCUCCCCCCACUUCCCUCAAGAUACUCGGGAUAGUCUGGGCCUACCUGUUGGUUCCAAAAACCUUGGCCAAAUGGAUACCUCGAGGCAGGGAGGGUGGGGAGGCCAUGCAGGGCCUGGAAACCAUGUCCAGCUACGUGGCAACCUGGCCAACUCAAAUAUGAUGUGGGGGGCACCAGCCCAGGUGGAGCCCGCUGAUGGCUACCAGUAUACCUACUCCCAAGCCAGUGAGAUCCGGACCCAGAAGCUCACCAGUGGUGUCUUACACAAGCUGGACUCUUUCACCCAGGUGUUUGCCAACCAAAACCUGCGAAUUCAGGUCAACAAUAUGGCCCAGGUGCUGCACACCCAGUCAGCAGUGAUGGAUGGAGCCCCUGACAGUGCCCUGCGCCAGCUGCUGUCUCAGAAGCCCAUGGAGCCCCCAGCACCGGCUAUACCUUCCCGCUACCAGCAGGUGGCCCAGCAGGCUCACCCUGGUUUCACUGGGGGAUUGUCCAAACCAGCCUUUCAGGUUGGGCAGCACCCGUCCCAAGGGCACCUGUAUUAUGACUACCAGCAGUCACUGGUUCAGAUGCCAAUGCAGGGAGGCCAGCCGCUGCAAACUCCACAGAUGCUGUCACAGCACAUGCAACAGAUGCAGCAGCACCAGUAUUAUCCACAGCAGCAACAGCAGCAAGCAGGGCAGCAGCGGAUCUCCAUGCAAGAAAUACAGCAGCAGCAGCAGCAGCAGCAACAGCAGCAGCAGCAGCAGCAACAGCAACAGACUCGCCCACCACAGCCUCAGCCGCAGCCGCAGUCGCAACAGCAGCUACCACUGCAGCAGCGGCAGAGUUCAAUGCAGAUACCUCAGUAUUACCAGCCCCAACCCAUGAUGCAACACUUGCAAGAACAGCAGCAGCAACCAGUGCAUCUGCAGCCCCCUUCUUACCACAGGGACCCUCAUCAGUACACCCCGGAGCAGGCACACGCUGUUCAGCUGAUUCAUCUGGGCUCCAUGCCCCAGUACUACUACCAAGAGCCCCAGCAACCCUACAGCCACCCCCUCUACCAGCAAAGCCACCUGCCCCAGCACCAGCAGCGUGAGGACAGUCAACUGAAGACUUAUUCUAGUGACAGGCAGGCCCCAGCCAUGCUGAGCUCCCACGAGGAUCUGGGGCCUCCUGAUACAGGAAUGGGAGACCCAGCAAGUUCGGACCUGACCCGGGUUAGCAGUGCCCUCCCCCAUCGACCACUCCUCUCCCCCAGUGGGAUCCACCUCAACAACAUGGGGCCUCAGCAUCAGCAGCCGUCUCCCAGUGCCAUGUGGCCCCAGAUGCACCUACCUGAUGGGAGAGCCCAGCCGGGGUCCCCUGAGUCAAGUGGCCAACCCAAAGGAGUGUUUGGGGAACAGUUUGAUGCCAAGAGCAAGCUGACGUGCUCCAUCUGCCUGAAGGAGUUCAAGAGCCUGCCCGCCCUGAAUGGCCACAUGCGGUCCCACGGUGGAAUGAGGGCGUCCCCCAGCCUCAAACAGGAAAUUCCCCGGAAACACCAGCCCGCCGUGGCCAAGGCUGAGGAGCCCCUCAAGACCGUGCAGGAGAAGAAGAAGUUCCGGCACCGGCCCGAGCCCCUCUUCAUCCCGCCUCCGCCCUCCUACACCCCGAACCCCGCCUCCUACUCCGGCGCCACCCUGUACCAGAGCCAGCUGCGCUCCCCGCGCAUCCUCGGGGACCAUCUGCUGCUGGACCCCACCCACGAGCUGCCCCCCUACACGCCCCCUCCCAUGCUGAGCCCAGUGCGCCAGGGCUCGGGGCUCUUCAGCAACGUCCUCAUCGCGGGGCACGGCCCUGGCGCCCACCCGCAGCUGCCCCUCACGCCCCUGACGCCCACCCCGCGGGUGCUGCUGUGCCGUUCCAAUAGCAUUGAUGGCAGCAACAUGACGAUCACCCCAGGGCCUGGAGAGCAGACUGUGGAUGUUGAACCACGCAUCAACAUUGGCUUGAGAUUCCAAGCAGAGAUCCCAGAACUCCAGGAUGUCUCUGCCCUGGCCCAGGACACACACAAGGCCACACUGGUAUGGAAGCCCUGGCCAGAGCUGGAAAACCAGGACCUCCAGCAGCGAGUGGAGAAUCUUCUGAAUUUGUGCUGUUCAAGUGCAUUGCCAGGUGGAGGGACCAAUUCUGAAUUUGCUUUGCACUCUCUCUUCGAGGCCAAAGGUGAUGUGAUGGCUGCUCUGGAAAUGCUGCUGCUGCAGAAGCCAGUCAGGUUAAAAUGUCAUCCUUUAGCAAAUUACCACUAUGCCGGUACGGACAAGUGGACCUCCCUAGAAAGAAAACUGUUUAAUAAAGCACUAGCCACUUACAGCAAAGACUUUAUUUUUGUACAGAAGAUGGUGAAGUCGAAGACGGUGGCUCAGUGCGUGGAGUACUACUAUACGUGGAAGAAGAUAAUGCGGUUAGGGCGGAAACACCGGACACGACUGGCAGAAAUCAUCGACGACUGUGUGACAAGUGAAGAAGAAGAAGAGUUAGAGGAAGAGGAGGAGGACCUGGAGGAAGACAGGAAAUCCACAAAAGAAGAAGAGAGUGAACCCCCAAAGUCCCCGGAGCCACCACCAGUCCCUGUCCUGGCUCCCACCGAGGGACCACCCCUGCAGGCCCUUGGCCAGCCCUCCGGCUCCUUCAUCUGUGAAAUGCCCAACUGUGGGGCUGUGUUCAGCUCCCGACAGGCACUGAAUGGCCAUGCCCGCAUCCAUGGUGGCACCAACCAGGUGACCAAGACUCGAGGUGCUGUCCCCUCUGGGAAGCAGAAGCCUGGCGGCACCCAGAGUGGGUAUUGCUCUGUGAAGAGUUCACCUUCUCACAGCACCACCAGUGGCGAGACAGACCCCACCACCAUCUUCCCCUGCAAGGAGUGUGGCAAAGUCUUCUUCAAGAUCAAAAGCCGAAAUGCACACAUGAAAACUCACAGGCAACAGGAGGAGCAGCAGAGGCAAAAGGCUCAGAAGGCAGCUUUCGCAGCAGAAAUGGCAGCCACAAUCGAGAGGACUACGGGGUCGGUGGGGACGCCAGGGCUCCUGCCUCUGGACCAGCUGGGUCUGAUCAAGCCCAUCAAGGAUGCAGAUACCCUCGAUGACGACGUGGUCCAGCAGCUGGGAGGCGUCAUGGAAGAGGCUGAGGUCGUGGACACCGAUCUUCUCUUAGAUGACCAAGAUUCAGUUUUGCUUCAGGGUGACGCGGAACUCUAAAGCCCUGUUUGUUGCUUAGAGACAGUGAGAACCCACUGCCUCCGUCUUUAUUAAUCAGGAAACCUGGACUGCCCGCUUGUUUUGUAACCCUUUUAAACUACCUGUUUAAAAAGUGGUCGUUUUAUUCAGGUUUAGAAAAAAAAAAAUCCAGUUUCUUUUCCUUUUUUUUUUUUUUUUAAUUGUUGGGGGGGUUGGGGGAAUAAAUAAUUGGCACAACUAUCUUUAAGAGGUGUUUCAUCUGGGCUACAUCCUCACAAGAUCAUUCCCAGCAGGGAGUGGACUUGGCGUCCUGUUCCGUUGCUUUCAGAUGUCAACCAUCCUGGUUGCCUUCUAUCCCAAAGCUUGCCGUGCGUGUGCGUGUGCGUGUAUGUGUGUGCGUGCGUGUGUGAAGCAGGCUACGCUCUUCAUGCUGGGGCCUUGGGCCAUUUUUCCCACCAAGAGUUAUUUUUCUGUUCAGACCUGUCAGGAAUUGUUCUUUUUCCUCCACCAAAAAAAAAAAAACAGAUCAGAAGAACCUAUUCUUUUUGCAAUGCUGUUCACGGUCAGUGGAGUUCUGAAAUUACUUUGUGCCACUUGAAAGAUCGAUGAAAACAACACUCACUGGGAAUUUGCUGUAAUUCGUGUCUGCUGGACUGAAGUUUACCUAGAUACCAGCUAAGAGAGGGUUUUCUAACAGGUCAUGAUCACAAAUACGAAGGAAGUAGCUUGGAAGGCCAACAAAAAUAGUUUCAGAUACACUUUUGCUUAAAUGUUUGCAUUCAAACAAUGAAUGUAUUCAUUACAAGUCACUUACCAAAGCACUUUGAGACUUCACAAAGCUGCAUGACUUUGCUCUGCCUCCUCCUGCCCCUGUCAGCAGGGUUGCUGUUUGUACUUGAAGGCAAUAAACUUUGUAAUCCUUCAAAAAUGUCAAUAUCCGGGCUAUUGAACUGAGUCAGACUGACCCAUCCCACUGUUAGCGCAAAAGUCAGACCGGGACUUAGCCCUGGCAAGGAGGGGAUCUGCUCCUCUUGGCCCCUUUUCAGUGUUAAUGCCACAUGACCUCUGGAGCAGGUGUUCUCAGGCCUCUCCCCUCCCUCGGUAGCAACCCAGCUCCACAGAAAGGUGGCUAUCACUCUGGACCACUUUGCUGGCACAGUAAUAGCUGGACAUCAGACAGAAAAUCAGCAGAGGCAUGAGGACAGGACCUGAGCAUCCUUUAAAUUUGACUUUGCAAAAGCAUUCAGCACACACUCAUGGGGGCCCACUGUGACCUGUCAUAGCCCCACACAGGCAGUGGUUUCUGAAUCUCAGGAAAGCCACAGACAGAAGAAAAAUACAAAGAUUUUCUCAUUUCCAGCAUUCUGUUUUCAGAGAAGAUGUCUUGGAGAUUUCCUUCCUCUUUAAGGAAAAAAAAAAAAACUGCUUUGUUUGCUGCCAUUUCAACAGGUUAAUCAAUCCUGUUGUUUUAUCUAAGCAGUUCUGAGUUAAGAACUGCCUGGGCAUCAGGCACCAGCUUGGUGGCAGAGUUAUUACAGAACCAUUGCAAAUGUCAUGUCAUCAGUCGAUCUUGAAGUGACCUCCUUCUGGUCUGAGGGUAAGCCUGGAAUGGUUUCUGCCAUUGGGUCUGUAGAAGCUUAUCAAAAGACCAAAUGCCCAGAAAAAUGUUUAUAAAGCAAAUGUAUCCCUUCUAUUUGGAGACUUGCUCUGCUGUUCCAGUUUUAAACAUUAAAAAUAAACUGAGUUGUCACAGCAAAAAAUAUAAUGCACAAUUUAAUUUUAAUUUUCCAUGCAGUAUAGGGUAAGGAUCUUGGACUUGAAAUAACCAAAGAACUCCUCCUUAAUGAGACAGUUCAAAUACCUGAAUUAGUAUUUCUUGACUAUCAAAGAAUCGACUUCCUAGUAUAAUAUAUUGCACUUACUUUUUUUUUUUUUUCUGGAAUGAUCUGCCUGCAUGGAUGUAUUGUGUUUUUGCGUCCCCCACCCACCCACCCCAAAGAACUUUUCUUGCUAAUGGUUAAUGUCUUCAACACGGUUACUGUUUACUAUCAGAUGGUUUUUCAUUAGUGAAUUUAGACCUCUUUGAGAAAGCUUGUAUAUAAAAAGUUAACAGAUAUAUUUUAUGGAAAAACCCAUCUUAUUUUCAAAUAUAUUUAACUGCUGUUAUAUUUUAUUAGAGGAAGGUUGUAAAUAUUUUCUAGGAGUUCUAUUGUAAAGAAAAGUAUUUUUGAAAAAAAUUAAUGUAAUAAAAAUGAAAACAUUUUUAAAUAGCGGCUGUGAUUGCUUCCUGUUCUGGCUUCUUUAUGUUCUGUUCUCAACAGAUGACUUGCAUGCCUUCCAUAUCAGGAUGUAACUUAUUCAGGUUUGCACUAUUAUCAGUUGACAUCUUAAUAUUCAGUGUGCUUAACUGUAUUUUCCCAGAAUGCAGGUCCCUUGGUCCAUAUCAAAGCACUAUGUAUAGCAUAUUCAUAAUUUUUCUUUUGUAAUGUGUGUAUUUUUAAUAAGGAUUUUAUGUAACAUUUUGGCAAAAAGAGGACAGUAUUUUCUAGUGAAUUUUAUAAUAACAUUUUGCUAAAAAUGUUUCUUCCUAGGUCAGUUUUUGUUAAGGUGAACCAAAAGUCUUAUUUUACCAGGGGUUUAAAAAAGUUUGAAGCUUGAAAGCAAAGUUAUAUUUAAACAUCAUAUGUAACAAAUAAAUAAAGAUGUUUUAUAGACUUGUCCUAAAAAGGUGCAUUCCUUAAAAAUAAUAAUAAUAAUAAUAACUGGGGCAUUGUAGGUUGUUUCCCCACCUGAGUGUUAAGCAUUUUUUAAAAUUAUCACAAUACUUUUUCAGAAGAGAACCGGGAGAAUUUUACUUCAGUUCCAGUCAUUUACCUUAGAAAUUUAUUACAGUUCCUAGAGACGGGCAUUCAUCAAAAUAAAAAUGUAACCAAAUACACGCUGUCCUAUUUAUUUGUGAAAACCUGAUUCAAUAUUGCAUCAGCUGCUCUGAAAAUAAAAUAUUAUCUUUCUGAGUUUCA